UUUUUGUUAUUAAAGGAAAGAAUAAUGGGCCUUUUCGUCAAUUAACAAAAAAACCAAUCGGGUCAAUAACGGAGAAUAAUCAUCCGGUGACCUUAUCUCUUCGCCGGUGAGAAAAUCUCAGAUCUACAAAAUAUUCCAAUUUCACAUCUUUCACCUUCUCCGAUCUAAGUUAUGGAGGAAGAAGACGAGACUCAGCCAUCUCCAGCUCCUUCCUCUCCCCCAGUUUUACCCACAAGCAACGUCACGGUGGCUUCAGCGACGAAACCGCCUCCCUCCCCACCGUCUCCGUCUAGAAACGCGUUGGCUUUAGUCGUCCACACUCCCUCCGUCACCGUGAACAAAAACGGACGAAGCGGCGGCGGAGGAGGAGGAGGAAGAGACGACUGUUGGAGCGAGGAAGCGACGAGAGUUCUAAUCGACGCGUGGGGGGAACGGUUCGCCGAGCCGGGGAAAGGAACUCUGAAGCAGCAACAGUGGCACGAAGUAGCUGAGAUCGUGAACGGGAGCGGUCAGUGCAAGUACACCAAAACGGAUGUUCAGUGUAAGAACAGGAUCGAUACUGUGAAGAAGAAGUAUAAGCAAGAGAAGGCCAAGAUCGCUUCUGGUGAUGGGCCGAGCAAAUGGGCCUUCUUCAAAAAGCUCGAGUCUUUGAUCGGUGGUGGUGGGAAGGCUCAGGUGGUGGGAGCAAGUAGCUCGGGUCCAAUGCGGUGGCAUUUUAGGAAACGAAGUGCUUCCGAGACUGAGUCUGAGUCUGAGCCUGAGCACUCAGCUGAGAGUCUCCCUCCGUUACAACCGUUGCCGAAGCGGUUGAAGAUGGGUGAGUCAGGAGUUGGAGAAGUGGCGAAGGCGAUUCUUGGGUUUACUGAGGCGUAUGAGAAGGCGGAGACUGGGAAGAUUAAGCUGAUGUUGGAGUUGGAGAAGGAGAGGAUGAAGUUUUUUAAAGAGAUGGAGUUGCAGAGGAUGCAGUUUUUGAGAACUCAGAUGGAGAUAACACAGAAGAAUCAAGAGGAAGAGAGGAGCAAGCCAAGGAUCAAUGAUGAUGAUGAUGUCAAGAAUAAUGGCGAUGUAAGUAGCUGACAACUUCAAACAAAUUAUGAUAUUGAUAUGAUUUAAAAGACGUCUCUAGAUUGCUGGAUUAGGAUUUAACGUUAUUGUUGUUGUUGUGCCUUGUGGGUUAUGUAAAUGUAGAAGCUUAUUAUGGGUUUAGAGAACUGUGAUCAUCAUCUAUCAUGUUGUUGUUAUGUUA